UGCUAUAGUUAUAAUAAGAAUUGACGUAAAUGUAUUAUUUGCAUAGUUGCUCGCAAUAUUCGUGAACUUUGAAACUAUUUUUUUUAAACAAAUAACAUAUUUUUCUUUACAAAAAUAACAGGUUAAUAAGUUUUUUAGAUUUGUAUUGCAACUAAUUAAACAUAUCCUAGGAAAGAUAAAUUGUAUUUGUCGAAAGACUCUGAGAGCCAUUCCACCUCAAUUCAGGCAGUUAGCAAGAUAAUGUGUCAGGUCACCAUCUCAGAUUUGCUUUAAAAAAUUACAGCAGUUACAACCAGUGCAGACAAGAAGUAUGCCAAAAGGAUUUUGUCCCAAAAAUUUUUUUCCCCAUGUUAUAGCCUUUUGAAGUUGGUUCAAAAUCAAAAAAGGUGGAAAAAGGGGUGUUUUUUAAAUGAGCGGCAUUUCAAAACUAUUUUACUGAUUUUGUUGAUUUUUUUUUAAUUUUGUACCUAUUAUAGUGAACUACAGAGUGGAAUAGUUCCAAUGAGCCCAACGACAAUAUCUUUAAGGGGGGGAAACUAAAAAAUUUGGCAAAAAAUUUAGAUUUUUUUGGAUUUUCAAAAAACAUUUUUUAUGUGGAAUAAUCAAUUUUCAUAAAAAGUAAUUCUGGUAAUAUGUAGACCUAUUACAGUAGUUUUACAGGAAAAAUUGUUUUUAAUUCUAUGAUGCAUGUAAUUAUUAAAAUUUAACUUUAAAAUUUUCAAAAUUUGACAAAAGUGCCAUUUUUGAUUGAAAAUUACUGAAAAACCCCAUAUUUUAAAAAUCUGAAAAUUUGUAACUUUGUAGUCCUCACCUUUAUUAAUAGCAUGCACUUUGUUGGAUAGUGUGUUUUUGCCUGUAAACAUUUCUAGAAUUUUUUGAAAAUGUAAUGUCAUUACCUUUUGUAUAUUGUGCAUGCUCAAUUAAUAAAUGUUUUGUUGGUAUCUAAAUAGUAUGUGAUAAUUUGUAACUGGUUUUGUAUGAGGGGAAACCUUGGGAAAUAUGAAGGGGGAGUCCCUAUCUGAAUAUUCCCAGGCGCUUGCUGUAAGGGGAAUCCCUGGUAGCUUGAGGGAAAUCCCUGGUGACCAUAGGGGGAAUCAACUACAAGACUACAAGGGAAUUCCCAAACUUUUGCUGUUACAGUUGUGUUGUGUGUGUUCAUGGGUGAUGUUCAGCUAGUGAACUAAAUCAUGUCUGACUUUCAUAGUACGGAUAGAAUUAAAUGUGUGGACUACAUUAAAAGGCACAAAAAAAGUGUGUAUAAAAGUAAAUGUGUGAGGAUGUGUAAGGUGAAUGAUUUAGCAGAUGAUAUUCAAAAGUUUGUGGGUGUAUCUGUUUCAGUAAAUAAAAAUGAUAUUUUGUGUAGCAACUGUGUUACUUUUUAUAAAAAGAAAUUUCUGGAACUUGCUGAAGAUGCAGAAGAAACAUCCACAUCAGAGAAUUUUAUUCCGGAGGAUGAACUAGUAAGUGUUUUAAAUAGCAGUCUCAUUAAAACAUUAAAUGUAGAAGUAUCACCAUUGAAAUCCCCUUCAGAGGUGAGAUUGGAUAGGAGAGAAGGUUAUGCGAGGAAAAAGAAGAUAAAAUUAGUUGAUGAGUUAAAAACUUCUGCUGUGAACAAAUUACAAGACAUAUAUCACGUGCAUCUUUCAAGUGAGUCUGAUGAUGAAAUGCCUGUGUGUGUCAAUUGUAGUCUAUGGUUUUCGAAUAUUGACUCAGCUCUUCAUACUUGUAACUACAAUGGAAAAGUACAGCUACUAACAUUGGUACCACAAACAUUUAGUAAAACUGUAUUGAAGGAAAAAUUACCUUCAGUGUCAAAGUACCUCAUUGAUAAAUGUCGCACAGUUAUAAAAAAUAAGGGAAUUUAUGCUCAACCUGACCCCUAUAGUGGACAUCCUUUACCUACACAGGUACAAGAUCUAGCAUUAUCAUAUUACCUAGAAGAUAGUAAAGACUGUUCAAGGGAAAGUCCAAACAAAAAAGAUGUUAUUUGCAUUAAGGAUGGUAAUGGCGAGAAAGUAAAAAAGGUUAAAAGAUUCAUGACAAGGUCCAUCAAAGAGGCAUACAAAGCAUUCAAAAAAGAUAAUCCUCUUAUAGAAAUUAGUCUUUCAAAGUUUUAUGCCUUACGACCAAGAUGGGUGAAAAUUCAGCCAGAACAGACUGUGUGUUCUUGUAUUUACUGCAGUAACAUGCAACUUAUCUGUGUAGCUCUUCGAAAUGUAACAAAUAACCAAAUUGAUGAAGACUAUCUUCUACUGAAGUGUUUGUGUGACGAAACAAGGAAUGAAGAUUGCUGGCUCGAGGAGUGUGGUGACUGUCCUGGCACAGAAACAUUAACUGUUGAAAACUUUGGCUUGGAUGAAGGGGAAGAAGUUACAUUUGCGAUUCGGGAACAUGGUGACCUCAUAAAAAAAACUGUAUCUGUAAAUAAUUUUCUGGAACAUGUAAGGCAUUGGGUUAAAAAAGCUAUUCCUCACAGUUACAUUAGGAAAAUACAAAGGGAAGGAAUAGCUGAAGCAAGAAGUUCUGUCCAACAAAAUAAUGCUCUUGUUUUACAUUUUGAUUUUGCUGAGAACUGGUCAGUUGUAUUGCCUGAUGAAAUCCAAACUUACCACUGGCAAACUGAUCAGCUUUCACUGUUUACCUGUGUUGCAUACUUUGGUGCGGAAAUAAGAAGUUUUGUUAUAGUAUCUGAUGAUAUAGCUCACGACUCUGCUCACGUUCUCUGUGCUUUAGAGGUUAUAAAACUGGAAAUUUCAAAAUUUUGUCAGUUAGAACUUUUGAGUUCAAUAGUGUACAUUACAGAUGGGGCAGCUGGACAUUUCAAAAAUAGGUUUCAGCUGUAUGAACUAUGUAAAAAUACUCAAACUGUUGAAAAAAAAUGGAUUUUUUCUGCUACAGGGCAUGGCAAAAGUGCAUGUGAUGCAAUAGGUGGUUUGUGUAAACACUUUGCAACUAAGUUCAAUCUUCGGGCAGAGUGUGUUAAUGCCAUUAGAGAUUCUGCUUCAUUUGUUGCUGAAGUAGGUAACCUUGUACCAAAGAUAACUCUAUUGGCUCUUGAAAGUAAAACAAUUCAAACGUAUAGGUCAUCUAAGGAAAAAGAAUGGGCUACUGUAAAACCAGUUGUUGGAAUACAAUCUAAACAUUACUGGCUGAUUAAAAAUGAGACAUACAUGGGACGCACAAUUAAAGAUAAAAUAGAAAUAGUUGUACAAUCUAACCAGAUUAAAACACAUUAUUCAAUAAAUGAUUUCCAAGUAGGCCAGUUCGUUGCUUGUGUAUACGAUCAGAAUUGGUGGAUGGGACAGAUCACUGGUAUAUCUAAAGAGUUGAACGACAUGACAGUGUCUUUUAUGCAUCCCCAUGGUCCAGCUAAAGGGUUUCAGUGGCCACAGGAAUCUGGAAAGAAGAAGGAUGAAUGUCCGGUGCCACUACAAAAUGUUUUGUUAGCAGUAAGCAAUCCUACUCCACUUGGACAAUCAGCAAGACUCCACACUUUCGACAAAGCUGAGUUGAUGAAGAUCCAGCAGAUCUACUGUCUUUAAUCAGCCAAAUAAUAUUUUAGGAAGUUUGUCAAUAUAUGUUACAUAUAGUUGAGGAAGGGUAAGCAGUCUACAUAUAAUUAAUUAUAGGUACAUAUUGUUGGUUUCAAUUUUACUUUGAAAUUUUGGUUUUCAUGCAAGUUAUAGAGUAUGCAUAUGUAUUAUAUGUGUGUAUAUGUAUUGUGCAUAUUAUGUUAAUGUGAUAAUGUAUACACAGACUCUCCUUUUGUAAUUCCCAAGGUUUCCCCAAUUUACAAAUUACAUCUCACUUUUUGGAAACUAACAAAACAUUUGUUAAUUGAGUGUGCAGACCUUAGAAAAUGUAAGAAAAUUACAUUUUCAAAAAAUUCUAGAAAUGUUUACAGGCAAAAACACACUAUCCAACAAAGUGCAUGCUAUUACUAAAGGUGAGGACUACAAAGUUACAAAUUUUCAGAUUUUUAAAAUAUGGGAUUUUUGAGUAAUUUUCAAUCAAAAAUGGCACUUUUGUCAAAUUUUGAAAAUUUUAAAGUUAAAUUUUAAUAAUUCCAUGCAUCAUAGAAUUAAAAACAAUUUUUCCUGUAAAACUACUGUAAUAGGUCCACAUAUUACCAGAAUUACUUUUUAUGAAAAUUGAUUAUUCCACAUAAAAAUUUUUUUUUGAAAAUUCAAAAAAAUUCAAAUUUUUUGCCAAAUUCUUUAGUUUCCCCCCCUUAAAGAUAUUGUCGUUGGGCUCAUUGGAACUAUCCCACUCUGUAGUUCACUAUAAUAGGUACAAAAUAAAAAAAAAAAUCAACAAAAUCAGUAAAAUAGUUUUGAAAUGCCGCUCAUUUAAAAAACACCCCUUUUUCCACCUUUUUUUGAUUUCGAACCAACUUCAAAAGGCUAUAACAUGGGGAAAAAAUUUUUUGGGACAAAAUCCUUUUGGCAUACUUCUUGUCUACACUGGUUGUAACUGCUGUAAUUUUUUAAAGCAAAUCCGAGAUGCUGACCUGACCUAACAAACUGGGAAAAAGGAUGAACAGUAGGAACUCACGUAAUUUUCUUUUUACGUGAUGUAGUCGUUCAACUACGUUGCUAAAAAAAAAAAAAAAAAAAAUCAUACUUGUAAACAAGCAACAAUGGUGAACGCGGAAAGCCUACGAUUCACUCAUCUUUAUGGACAUACCCGGUACUCACGUUGGCAAACCUUCUUUCAACAGACGAGAGGCAAACGCCCGAUCGUGCAUCUUCGGUUUUUAUUUUUAUUUUUUUUAUUGUAAAUAAAUAUGCAACUCAUGAAAACUAAUGGUCAAUUAGGUUAUGUUAGCUACAUUAUAAAUACUUCAAAACAUUGUGGAUGGUUGAUUUGGUUAGGAUAGCUACAUUAAAAAUACUGUGAAAUCAUGUAAACGGUUUCCUAGCGCUGGAUAGCUACAUAUUAAAAAGUUAUUUGCUAAGCAAUCAUAAAAUGAUUUUACAGUUUUUUUAAUGUAGCUAUACUUACCUAAUAUAACCAACCAUCCACAGUGUUUUAAAGUAUUUUUAAUUACUUCUUGCUAAUUUUAAGAAAAGAAGGCUUGCCAACGUGAGUAUUCGGGUAUGUCCAGAAGGAUGUGUGAAUCGUAGGCUUCCCACUGAACGCCGCAUCAGUGCACAACAUGAAAAUUAAAAAAUUCCAUAUCUCCUAAAGUAUUUGGAAUUUCUGAUCUCCGCCGGAUUUAAUGAAAAGAGGAAGUUAAAGAGCACAGAAUAAAGGUAUUUUCGGAUUUUUAAAUUUUUUUUUUAAAAAAAUCACCAAAAAAUGAAUAUUAAAAAAUUUGAUAUCUCCAAAAGUAAUUGGAAUUUUUUUUCACCGCAGGCGGUUCUGAAAAGAGGACGUAAGAUAGCAUAUAAUGAAAGUUAUUUCAUAUUUGUACGAUUUUUUUUGGCGCUAAUCCGUACAAUACAUAUUUACCAAUCUUUUUGUAAGAAAUAAAAGUAAAAACUACAUACAUAUGCCAAUUAUAUAAUUAACUUUGCAACAAAAGUUACUUAAAAUAUGCAACCAUUGUCUAAUAACCUAUCUUAGCUUUUGAAGUUGAGCAAGCAUGUCGAAGUAGUAAAAUGUACUGUUUUGCUCUUCAUUGUUACAGGGAUCGUCGGAGCUCUGCAAUGCAAAGCGUAACAGCGGUAAAAUCUAUUUUGACGUGGCUCAACCUCAUAAACAAAGAUAGUUUAAAUACGGCCUUCUUUCUUAGCAGUCAAACUAUUCAACAAACUGCCUUAACUUGAGUUAGGGUUGGGGUGUUUUAAUUAAAUGGCAGGCCCCCCUUGGCUACUUUCAGUCACAAUUGAGUAGGACUGGACUGAGACGAAACCACAAAGCACUACUUCCCGUUCCCCACAUUGGUUUUACAAGCAGAACAUGCCCACUUAUCUUAUUAGACAUAAAGGGCAUCAAAUAUCCUUUUGAACUGGUGCUCCAUGACUUACAAUGAACCUAUGUACCUACCUAUGUUAGCUAUCUAAGCCUUUUGUGUGAGUAGGUUUUGGAUUUUGAGUCGUUAUAUGAUGAUGUAGAGGUAUAAUUAAACAAGAACAAAAAAAUACUUCUGGUUGGCAGAUUUACAAGCAGAAAAAAUGUGCUGUUUACAAAUAGUGGCUCAAGGAAUGAGAUACCUUUAUUAUAUAUAAAAUUUUUAUCAAAAGACAGAUAUAAAUGUCUUAAACCAACAUAGCCAGGGAUCAGGUAUAAUGAUAAAUAAAUAUGAUUAUGUACACAGAAUGCGGUAAAUAUGUAGAAAAGCGGUAUUUGCGAGAAAAAAAAAUACUAAAAAUCUGAAAAUACUUUUAUUAUAUGCUCUUUCACUUCCUUUUUCAUUAAAACCAGCGGAGAUAAAAAAAUUCCAAAUACUUUAGGAGAUAUCGAAUUUUUUAAUUUUCAUCACAAUACCUGUGUAUUCAUGCGGCGCUGAGAAUUGUUUCUUGUUUAGGAGUAUCUAUUAAAAUUUGAAAAUACUUUUAUUAUAUGCUCUUUAACUUCCUCUUUUCUUUAAACACGGCGGAGAUAAGAAAUUCCAAAUACUUUAGGAGAUAUCGCCGUUCUUAUUUUGCAAUACAAGACCUGUGCAAUCAUUCGACCGUGACAAUUUUUUUAUUUUGCCCUGUGUUCGUGAAUGCCUAAUUAAUUAAAAUGUUUGAUUAGGUCAGGUCAGUUACAUUAUAAAUACUUUCAAACUAAGCAGACAUUAAAAAUAAUAUGAAUUAAUUUUAAUGGUUGUUUAGUUUUAAAGUAUUUAUAAUGUAGCUGACCUGACCUAACAAACCGGGACAAAGGAUGAACAGUAGGAACUCACGUAAUUUUUUUUUACUUAUUACUUGCGCAACGAUAUCGAAACAACAAAUAAAACAUUAAAAUUUGAAACGUUAAAAACUAACCUAAGUUAGAGGCUGGUAUAAUUCCUUUGCCAUUAGUAGAAAAUAAUGUAGUUGUUUACCUACGUCGCAAAAAAAAAAAAAAUUCAUUCUCGUAAAGAAGCAACAAUGGUAAAAGCCGCUUGAAUGCACAGGUAUUGUGAUGGAAAUUAAAAAUUCGAUAUCUCCUAAAGUAUUUGGAAUUUCUUAUCUCCGCCGGCUUUAAUGAAAAGAGGAAGUUAAAGAGCACAGAAUAAAAGUAUUUUCGGAAUUUAAAAUUUUUUUUUAACAAAUAUCGCCCAAAUAUGAAAAUUAAAAAAUUCAAUAUCUCGUAAAGUAUUUGGAAUUUCUUAUCUCCGCCGGGUUUAUUGAAAAGAGGAAGUUAAAGAACAUAUAAUAAAAGUAUUUUCGGAUUUUUAACAUUUUUUUUCGCAAAUACAGCUACUCUACAUAUUUACCCAGAAUGCAAAUCUAGUGUGACUCGGGUCAAGGAUAACAUGAUUCAUACAGAAUUGCAAGAUAUAGAGUUUAAAUAGAAUUAAAAGUUACAAAUUACAGUCGUGCCCGGCUAAGAAGACAAUUAUUCCUUGCACAUAAAUAAACACAGUAUGCCCACUGAAGUUGCAGGCAGUGGGGUGUAAAACUCUGUUAAUGGUUAUGAUAUUCCUCGAAUACUGUUACUGUGUGCAUUUAAGUAAGAGAGUUUGAACUUAAUUUUUUAAAAUUCAUUCUUAUGACAACAAACGUACAUAUUCUUUACAAAAUAGGUUGACAUAAAACACUCACUUUUGCCGAUCAUUACUGACAGUCCUGUGCCCUAACAAAAUAAUGUCCCCAGCAACUCCGUCAUCUAGGUACGAAAAUACAUAGAAAAUAAAUCCUAGUGGACCAAUAGACCACCCAGGUCUAAGCUGCACGUCUGGGGGCUAAUUUUUAAAUAAAACAUUUGAAAAAUGAUGAAAAAAAAAAAGGUUAAAACUUAAUGCAGCAUGGCCCCGACAUCCAUACGGAAAUUGUCUGUUUCUAAGCACUCGUAAUGUAUUGUUUCUAAGCCGCCGCCCCCACACUUCCGUUCAGCACAGUACUGAAACAACGCCUGAUGAGACAAAGCAUAAAAACUGGCAUUUCCCUGGAAACACUUCCUUCCUACUGGCUACAACAAUUACUAUUAUGUGAUUCCCUUGUUAGAGAGCUCUCCCGCUGGCAUUAUGAACAUCUCUGUCUCUCUCAAACAUGGGAAGCGAUAAAUUAUUGUCUUAUCAUUUGGGUGCCUCAGCAUCACGCUUUUCUUUUUUUCACAGAAACCACUGACUGAUGUUUUUGAAAAGUCCCAAAUAUUUAUAAAAACACAUAAUGCAAAAAUUAUAGCUAUAAAAAUAUUUAAAUGAAUUAUUGAAAAUUACAAUUGGUUCCAUAAAUAAUAACCUAGCCAACAAAGUGAAAACCAGUAAACUCAUAUGUUAAAGUCUCUUCCAAAUAAGAUAAUAAACUACAUAUAAGUAUUACUAACAUGAAAUUAAGAAUGAUAAAAUACAAGCAUACAGAACUAGGUCACUAUGACCUUGGACCAUAUCAGUUGGUACCUACCAUUGCAUUAAUUACAAACAUGAAGAGCUAAAGUAAACUUUACGGCCUUCAAAGGCAAGAGGGCAGACUUGACGAGUGAAUGACAGGGCGCUGAUCAUGGCUGUCAAAAGCAACAGAAGACAGACUAACAGUUUGACAAAGAGCGACAAUACGCAUAUAAAAAGAAACGUAGUUUUGACUGUGUCUGCCAAGUGGGAAUUUACAAAGGGAUGUACAAGACUACUACUAAUCUACAUUGUCAACAAGAAAUCAAUCAUUAAACAUAAUGACACACAAAAAUUAUAUCUGAUGCAUGCAAUAAACUAAAGUAAAAAAAAUUAAUAGUUCUAUGUUGCUAACAACCACUUUGGUCCACUGUCAUAGACUAGUGUUAAACAAAACUACUGAUGGAGGUAAAUUGUGUUUUAUUACAUUGCAUUAUAUGUGUA